GGCUCUUCCGUCUCACGGCUGUGCCGAAGGGUAGUCAGCGAAAACAAGUAGUCGCACAAAUGGAGAAGAAAAUGAAGACUGCUACGAAAGAGCUCAUGCGAGAAUAUGACUUCUAUAAUUUAGCAGGCGGCGGCAGGAAGAGGAACACAUCGACAUCAGGACUUCUAGAGUCACGACAACAUCAGGUCAAUCUUCUAGUCGACCACCUCGCAGGAGCUGCAGGUGGAGAAGGAGGAGGCGAAGAGGGUUAUAGUCUAGGAUUGUCUUCCUCAGCAAGCGAAUGGGAGCCGCAAAGUGGAACGGAACUGGGGAUGUUUUGAGGAGUAGCUAUAGAGCCACGACACUGUCGCGACUCUACCUUGAUGAAGAUAGAAACAGAAAUCUUAGAAGAUUUGCAGUGCACAGCUAUUUACUACUUCGAGACCGAAACAAACUUGCCUACUGUGAAAAUUCAGAUAGAGAUUUUUGCAAAGAUAAUUAUCACCUCCCACACUAAAUUCUUGACAUUUCUUUGAACAAGCGGCCUAUCAUGGACCUCCGACUUAUAUAUAUUGUUUACCAGUAGUCAAAUUUGAAUUUGUAUAGAUCACUCAAGACCAUAUCCAUCGUUGUUGACAUCCUGCAUACAACAGGAUUUUUGAGGAGUUACAUCAUGACAUAGAAGAAGUCCUCGAAACAUACAGAGCACAUAUAAUGAAUCAACAUCAUAAUCAUAUUAACUCCUACACGUAGACCCAGAAAUUGAAAUUAUUGUUAACGCCGACACGACACGAAAGAAGAAGAACGUAAUUUACGUCCUGAGACCACUUCUUGACAGGAGAUGACUUUGUAUUCACAUUGAAACAUGACUUAACAUUAACUGCAACUACUCCCGGUGGUAGAAAAUGUGUGAACAAGACUUCAUGGUGAUUGAGG